UCCGAGUUGCGUCAUGCAGAAGAACAGCCCUUAGCCGUUGUAUAUUGGCCAUAUAUCACACCCCCUUGUGCCUUUUUGUUUAAUUAUAUCACCAUGGAACAAUGUUAAAAUAAAUGUGAACAUCACUCCCUUCUAGUCAUACCAGAUAACAUUGUAUUAUCGGCACUCAAGAUGUAUCGCUUUGAUCAGCCCAUUACUUUAACACAAUGAUGAUACCACAGUACUUCUGUGUGAAAAAAAGUAUUUGUCUCUCCGUGAGUCUGUUAGAUGUGGUAUAGAAUACAUAGGAUCCCCAUGUAGAGAGUAAUCUUACUCAAUGCCUACAUCACCACGCAGUAGAAUCGUCAUGGAGUGUUUUGCAGAGGGUAGGAAUGGAAAUGAUGUAAAAUAGAUUUCUGAAGAUGCAAUGUUUCUGGUUCUUUUUCAUGCCAAAAUGUCAACUAUAGCACAUAUGAUAUAGAAUAGUGAACAACAAUGAGUCAUCACAAAACAACAUAGAAGUUUCACUUUUAGUGGACCUAAUGAGAAGCAAACAUAGUAGGGGGAGGUGAUAUACUAUGCAAGAACAAUAAAAUACUUUCUUAUCCACAAAAACAAUAUAUUAUGUUGUCAGUAAAACACAAUACAUUCUAUUUCUACAUCUCAACUAAUCUUGAAUGUUGAACGCUUUACACAUUAAGGCAAGGAGAAGGUGGGAGUUACGCUGGGGUUCAGUACACAUAGCAUGUCGUACCUACUGUACCUCUCAGAAACAUAAAAGGAAACUGCAUUAAUAUGAGUGGAAGUGAUCAGUUUAUUUGGGUGUUAUGUCAAGGAAAUAUAAUGAACCUUGAAUGACAGAGUAUUUUCAGUUGAAAGGAAUGAGGAUUCAAAUUUUUUUACCACUCUUGGGGCGGGGAUAACUAAAGAGGAACAGGAAAUCAUAUGAUUCAUCACACAAUGUUAAACGUGCACAUGGUACAGCUGAACUACACCACAUCAAUAUAUAUAUGUCACCUAAGCUGUAGAUCAUAUAUAAGUGAGGAUUCAACACCAUAGUGGUUUUCCUUUAGUUUUAAAUCCCCCCUGUACAGGUUCACAGACAGCCGUGCUCUUUUCUAUAGCGAAAGUUAUAUGAUGAUCCUGUCUAAAUUCUGGGUGCUCAUCUAUUUAUGUGUAUUCACUUGUAAAGGAUUUUUAAAUGCAGUGGAGGCAAUUUUCGAAUGCAAAAAAGGUGAGAUGAUAAGUAGACGGAAAGAAGGAUUGUGUGACCCAUGCCCUGAAAGGCAAUACCAGGCAGGACCAAAUCGCUCUCAGCAAUGUGAACCCUGCACCUUCUGCCUUGAGAACAGUGAAUUUAUAUCAGAGUGCACAAAGACUUCCAAUGCUAUAUGUCAGUGUCGUACAGGAUUCAUUAGAAGGAACGAUGAGUCUUCGAUAUGCAAGUGUGCCAAGGGGUCUGGGCUGGAUACAUCAGGAUUAAUAUGCCGUGAAUGUGAGGAGGGAUCCUUUACCACCAAAUUGGACUCUAAAUGUGUGAAAUGGCGAGAGUGUAGGAGUGGGGUGAGGAUUCCGGGAAAUGCGACAUCAGAUGUGAUCUGUAAUGACAAUUCAGAGCCAGAGGGGAAGACCCUCUCCUCCACACACACCACUUCAUCUGGCUCCAUCCAGACCUUUUCUAAGUCAUUGAUCCAGAGCCAAAGGUCAUCCCCUCAUCCUGAUGUCCCCACCUUAACACCAGCCCCCACUAUCAAGGUGACCAAAAGUCCCAAGUUCUCAACGGCAGAUUUUGGCCAAGUAAUGACACUCAUGGGAACUGUCCUGCUGCUUACUUUUCUACUUACCACUGUGACCUGCAAACUGAUCAUCAUUCCUUGCAUCAAGAACCACAAGAAGCCAGCUGUCAGAACAUCUCAGGACUCAAUGUGCCGGAGGCCAGUUGAAGAAAGUGGAGACAGCAGUUCCUCUUCCCUGGUAAAACAACCAAGCUUGGGGGAGCCAUGAUAGAGAUACCUGGCUAGCUGUCUGUCAAACUAUUCAUAUUGUCAAAAUGUUGCAGUUAUUCUCAAUGCCACUCUUUUAAACCAGAAACAACUUUAAACAGUGUUUGAAAAUUCUAAAAUAUGGUCAAUAUUUGAUUCUCAUGUAUUCUGUUAUUAUGGAAAAUAAUUUUAGACAUUACUUUGUUUUCGAUCUAUUUGUCAACAAUAGCAUUGUUCUCGGCUGCGCUAGGGGAUCUAGAUAUUAUGUUAUUUUCACAAAUGGGCUUCUGACAAAAUAAUGAUAAACACUACUUCCUGUUCCUUCAGGUGUCUGGUUAGAUUUGCAGGGGAGAUUAUGUGAAAACAAUGCUAUGGUGGCAAAAUAAUGUGGCAACAUAUUGUAAAAUGUGUAUUGUGUUAAAUGUUGUGGUUGUUUAUGUCUUUGCAAAUAAACUUUUUCACAUUUUA